AUGCGUAAGCAGGGGCGCUGAUGCUGCUGUUCCCACACAGCUCUGGCACCGCAGUGGGGCACUGGAUCCUGCACCAGGAUGGGGACCCUCGGGAAUGGGUGGAUGUCUCACGGGCUCCUGCUCUGCUGUGCCUUCUGGGGACUCCACGUGGCCUCUCAGGACUAUGAUGAUUACUCUCAGAACAGCACCAGCGACCAGGACAAGGCUCCAGAGAUCACCCCGUGUCCCCGAGCCAUCCCCGGGGACAAGGCCACGGUGAACAACACCACGUACCUGCUGAUCCCCGAGGCCACGCGUGCCCGGCUGGGCAGCGCCCUCACCGUGCGCCUCAUCCCCGCCCUCUACACGCUCGUGUUCCUCGUGGGGCUGCCCUCCAACGGGCUGGCCCUGUGCGUGCUGGCCAGCCGGGCGGAGCGGCUCGCCCCCACCGUGUUCCUGAUGAACCUGGCUGCCGCCGACCUGCUGCUGGCGCUGGUGCUGCCCUUCAAGAUCUCCUACUACCUGCUGGGCAACCACUGGCCCUUCGGGGAGGGGCUGUGCCGGCUCAGCACGGCGCUGUUCUACGGCAACAUGUACUGCUCGGUGCUGCUGCUCACCUGCAUCAGCGUGGACCGCUACCUGGCCGUGGUGCACCCCUUCUCCUCGCGUGCUUUCCGCACCCCCGCGCUGGCCGCCUGGACCUGCGUGGGGGUUUGGCUCUGCUCGGCCGCGCUCACCCUGCCCCUGGCGCUGCAGCGCCAAUCCUACCCCCUGCUCGGCGCCCAGCUCACCCUUUGCCACGACGUCCUGCCCCGCCGCGAGGAGGACGGGUACUAUUUCUACUACUUCGUGUGCCUGAUCGCCUGCGCCUUCCUCCUGCCGCUGCUGGUGGUGCUGUUCAGCUACUGCUCCGUGCUGCGCGUCCUGCUGCGCGCCGGCCAGCGCUACUCGCACCCCGCCAAGCUCACGGCCCUCGUGGUGCUCACCCUCGUGGGCUUCUACGCCCCCAGCAACCUCCUGCUGCUGGCUCACUACUCCAGCGACUGCUCCGGGCUGCACGGGCAGCUCUACGUCAGCUACAUGGUGAGCCUGGCCGUCAGCACCUGCAACAGCUGCGCCGACCCCUUCGUCUACUACUACGUGUCGGAAGACUUCAGGGAUAAGGUGAGGAAAAGGCUCUUCGGGAGCGGCAAGCAAAGCAGCGCUUCCCUGAAGACCUCCAAGUUUUCCCAGGAGACGCCCCCCCGUUCCAAGAGCUCGCUGGUGUGAAGCUCCCCCGCUCCCGGGGCGCUCCCAGCACACCGUGGGGAUAAAGAUGAAGGCAACGCCGCGAUUCCAAGAGUUUCGUCCAGGAGCCAAGUCCUUUUUUCCUGUCUGCACAGCGAAGAGGGAGUAAAGCUGGGCUGCGGGAUUCUUUGUGGCGCGAGAUGCUCGGUGCUGACCUCACACAGCAGCUUCUCACCUGGUCAGGGAUCACCAGGGGUGUUCUCGCUGAUGCACCUGGGGUUGGUUUCCCUGACCCUGCCAGCUGAUUGCUCUCUGCCUUCUAACUCUGCUCCUGCUCCUCAAACACAUAUUCCCUUCACCUAAAACUGAGACAGACCAGGCACUGCAACCCCAAAUUUCUAAAUUUCAAAAGUUUCAAAAGAGACUCUCCUGGACUGAAACAGUCAAGAGAAUGUAGAGCACUGGCUUUUCUGGCCAAGGCAUUCUUGGCUUGAUUCAUAAACAACCCCCCAGUAAUGUCAGCUCAUUGUGCAAAAAUCCCAUUCACUCAUCCCUGUUUUUGCAAAUGACCCUUGACAUCCAUCCUUUCUUUGGGGCACAGAUUGUAUUAAUGGAUUUCUUAAAAAAAAAAAAAAAAAAAAGUCUCUUGAAGGGCAAUAUUAAAGCAGGAAUUGAGCAAACUCUUGCCCUAGGACUCCACACUUCUUUUGUGUAAUGUCACCCACAACCAAAAGCUGAAAGAGGUGCUCAGGCUUGUUGCUUAUGGGAAUCUGUUGCAAAUUUGCCACAUUUGUCAAACUGCAGCAGUCUCAUCUCUCCUAGCCCAGUAAGAAGCAAGGUAGAAAAUGAACAAUAAACCUCCUCAAAGUUCCUGAAUUCUUUGGCUUUCCUGGUACAGACUCGACCGUGUGAAUAAAAAGAGGCAGGCAAGGUUGUCUUAAAAUAAGUUUUUAAUAAAAAUAUUUAUCAGAAUCUAAAACAAACACUUUUCUGGACUCAGACUUGCUAAGAUUUGCGUGAACAAAACAAAAAUGGUCAGAGAACUGUUUGCAUGUACCUGUGUGUGGAGGGGCAAAGGGCAGGUGGAAGAUUAGAGCCGGUCUGUGGGUGCAGGGGAUGCACCAGGGGCUGACUCAGAAACAGCAGGUACU